AUGCAGGCCCGGACUCGGCCCCUCGCCCAGGCGCCACCUUUCUCCCUCCCAGGGGCCCCGCCAGACGCUGGGCGCCGGGUGCCAGUUGUGCAGACGGGCACCAGGUGGGAGGGCCUGCAGCACACCCUGAGGGCGGUGGCCUACGUCCUUCUGUGCUGCUGGUGCGUCAAGCAGCUGCUGGAUUAA